ACUUGAGUGUCGUACGCAGUUGCACAAUGUUCAUCUUCACGGCUCCAUCAGUGCACGUAAAGCUCACGCAACAUCCCUGCGUUUAGCGUCUCGGCUCAGUGCGCGCACUCGAAAAAUUUGCUGGAGGACACGCUAGAAGAAAAUAUCUCUCUUCUCUCGUGGCCUGGACCUCGUUUCGGAGAGUGGGUGCUGCGCUGUAACUGCUCCGCAAUUUCACUGUACAUAUUUAGGCCAUGGACAGAAUAUCUCCUGGAAGCUGAAUAAUCAGAGGCGUCCCAUCCGCGCCCGUCUAGGCCAAGAAUAUAAUGAGAGAAGACAGCAACGAUUCUGAGAUUUUACAAUUUAUUUUCAUACGUGGAUCUGUCAUCAUUUAAAUUUAAUAGCUCUGCAUUCCCCUGCCAAUUUGUAUCUAUACUGAACUUCCAAAUGGAUAAAAAAAGGAAAAAUGAUUUACCUACACCAGUACCAGAGAGAGUAAGAGAGUUUGAGGGGACAGAGGGUACAGAAGGUAGAAAAAAAAUGAGAAAGACCAACACAGAAGAACUGGAUUUCUUCUCUGAUGGAACUGAUGGCAAAGAUAAACAACUGCAGGAUUUAGCAGUUAAAGAGGUUGAUCAUUCAGAAGGUAAUAUGAAAGGGAAGAUCAGACCUGGUGCAAAACGAACCAAGAAACCCCCAAAGAGCCUUGAAAACUUCAUAUGUCGACCUUCGGUUCGAGUGUUUCAGAGGCCUGAACCUGUGGGGCAAAGUGUCUGCAAACGAAGAGAUGGUAUAAGUGCUAAAACUAAACGCCUCAGUCAAUUAUGUCAUCCUGUCCAGAAGAAAUGUAACACUGACUCAUUGGAAACAAAAGACAAUUCAGCUAUGACAAAUACUGAUUCAUCAGCACUUUCUCUGUCCUCUCUCAUACCUUCAAGUAUCAUAUCUCCUGCUUCAGACUCCUCUACUACAAGGGCAGCCAAAAAGGUUCUCCCAAAACAAACUAAGAAGACAGAUUUAAAGUCAGAUAUAACACUACAGGAAACCCCACAGUCAUCCAACAAACUGUCAAUUUCUCACAAGAUAACGCUUAAUUCUAACAUAAAGCAGACAUACUCCUCUAAAAAUCCUCCUGAUUCAAAUUCCACCUAUCAAAGGGAGUCCAGCCCACAUGAGUGCAUUAAUGUUCUAGAUGAGGACAUGAAACAGAAAGGUCAAGCCAGUCCAAACUCCAGUUAUGGAAAUCCAAGUGAAACCAGUUUACAUGCUGUGCCAUCCAAGUUAACAUCCUGUUUUCAAAAAAAUGCCUCAAAAUACAAUGAAAGUCAUUCAGAAACACCUUCAAGUUUGCAUUUGAAUGCAAAAAAGGGUGAGGGCUGUGUGGAUGAUCACAACCAUGCUGAUGUCAGAAUAAUAACUAACGAUAAAAGUAAGCACCAAAAUGGCUCCAGUCCUUGUACAAAUGACCUGUUAGAACACCCCAACUCUUUCCAAGUAACUGAUUCCCCAUCCACCAGUAAGUGCACAGACACCACAUCAGAUCUGUCAGAGAAUAGCAGAGGAAGUAAAGGACAGAAUGAAAAUAAAGACCUAAACUGCACUCCAGAAAUAACCAUAAAAUCCCCCAAAAAUCCUGUUCCUGUGCACAAAAAUUAUGGCAACACAAACGGAUCAGCUAAUGACGAGCAUGGAAAGCAAGUUAAGCUUUGUACAAAUCAAGACCAAAUUGAAGUAGACUGUUUGUCUGACACUAACAAUUCUGUCAGUUCUACAUUAAAUCCUCAAAUAUCUACUGACCCAGUAACACAUCUGAUGGAUAACUUAACAACUAUCAGCAAGCAAGAAAAAAAACUGUCAAAGAAGCGACAGGUCAGAAGCCUUCGCAGCAAUAAGAUUGUUAAUGAGAUUAAUCAUAGCCCUGUUGCUAGUAAGCUACUAGACAGUGGUUCACAAAAUGAAACUCCAUUCUGUAGUUUUUCAGAAUCAUUGUCCUCACCUUAUUGUGAACUUCCCAAAUCAAAAUUUGCUCAAAACUCAAAAAAUCUCAAUUCAGAAAUUUCAUCUCUCAAUAAUCCACCAUUUAGAAAAAGGGGUAGACCAAAAUCAAACAAACCAGGGUUACAGUUUGAGACAAACAUUCCUCAAGUGUCUGCUAUUAAUCCUCCAAGUGAUGAAAAUGCAGAAGACCUAGAGCAGGAACUUGAUAUAGUGCAGACAAGGCCUAUGGAAAGAAAACGUGGGCGCCCAAAACAGUCGUUUUCUAUCCAAGCACAGGAAACUCAGUCAAAAUUAAGCUCUAAGAAACAGUGCUCUGGAGACCUUCAUACAACUUCCAAAGACAAAGCAAGAAACAUUCAAAAGUGCAAGAAAAGCAAGAGAGUAAUAAUGAAGACAAUCAUUGGAAAGAUCAAUAAGAUGAAAGUGAAAAGGAAAGAUCAAAUGCUCACACAGAUUCUGUUGGGACAGAAGCAAUGCGACUCUCGAGAUAUUUCUCACCAAGGCACAGAAAGAGAUGCCUGCAGUCCAGAUUCUACCGCAACACACUCCUUAUCAUCCCUUGUAUCUUCUUUUGGAGGCAAACUUGGUUCUCAAAUUAACGUCAGCAAAAGAGGAACAAUCUACAUGGGAAAGAGGAGAGGCCGCAAACCAAAAUGUCAGACAACCUCCAACAUUUCCUUCCAGAAAUCUCCACAGAUGUUAUCAGACAACCCACACUUUACCCCCAUGUCUACUUUUGUGCCAUCAUUAGAUUCCCAAAAUAUUUCUUUAUCAGGCUCCCAUAACACACUUAAAAAUAUUGCCUCAUCUUCGUCGUCUGGGAGAUGUUCACAGAUCAGUUUUAAUGCCCCUAAAAUCAAAGCAACUUCCUUUAAACAACUGAGUGAAAAUUCUCAGGCUCACGGUGAACUAACACUGAUGUGUGAUAGUGGGGAAGGAAUUAAUGAUAACACCACAUCAGACAGGAGCAAGAGAAAUAACAGGUUGGAUGAAGGCAUGGGAUUUUGUUCAGCACCAGCCACAGGCCCUGUAUUCACGUCUGGUGUUCCUGGGAGUAAUUCCUUUCAUGGUAGACAGAGGGCUCUUUGCGCCUUACCUCCAGAACGCCUUUUUUCUGCUCAUUUGCCAUUAGGCUCUGGUAGACCACAAGAUUCCAAUCCCUCUUUAACAUUCACAGACCAAGAGGCACAUAAAUUUAAAUGCCAUAGAAAGGGCCAUCACUGCCUUAGUCGAGAAAAGCUUAGAAGACAUAAAUAUAAAUGCAAGAAGAAGUAUAUGCAUCUCAAGGCCAAACACCAAGACCCAGACUUCCUUGCAGAUAUUGACGACCUGGUUGUCAGACUGAGCAAGAUUCGUAUUGUGCAGCGCAUCACCCGACCAAAACUUGGUGAUGAUGGUAACAUAAUUGGAAGAAAGACUGUAAAGGGCAAAUGUCAGUCCUAUGAUCUUCAGUGCCUACAAGAAAAAGUUCACCCCCAAGCCAUGUUUCAGAUUAACCUCAGUGGGUACUAUUCGCCACAUUCAGCCCUGUCCUGUGAACCCCUUCAUUAUGUCAGAAUGGCAAAUAUGAGAAGGAAACAUGGUUGUGUCUCCGAGCCAAGCGAACAGAUUGUUACACAUUUACCUGUGAUGCACAAACUUGGUUACCCAUACCCAGGUGGUGGAUAUAUCCAUCCAUCCUACAAAGUACCAGUGACAACUGCCUCUCUUGGUUUUGGACUCUGUCGAGGAUACCCAUCCAGUACAUUAUAUCCACUCCCUUUCCCACCAUCAUAUCUACACCACUUCUCUAAGAACCCUAUUAUAAGCCCAUCUAAGUUCCAUAAGAAGAGGACCAAGUUCCCAAGGCAGGACUCUGCAAUUUGGGGACAGAGCGCACAUGGGACAUAUCCUAGGAUGACCCCGCACUCCUCCUGUGACUGUUUCAAUACAGAAAGCGGGCAAAGGCAGAGGCAGAAAGAGAAAGGCAAAGGAAGGCGUGAUAAACAUAGCAUGACCGAAAGACAGCAUGGAAAUGAAGAAUGGCUUAAUAAACACACAAAAGCCAAUGAAAUUUCCGGAAACUGCUCAUUUAACUCCCCUUCCCCCUCCCUUUCCCCAAUUUUCUCACCAAUCCAACAGAAAGACAAAACCUUUCCUUUUACACGGUUGAAUACAUCAAACCUGGGGCAGGGAGGAGAAGUAAGAAGGUCAGAGCAUCAGCCACCAUGGGGUAUUGGCAGCAGAAGCCUUAACCACCCCUUUGAAACACUUGAAAACAAUUCAGUUGGCCAUGAGAAUACCUUGAAAGGUCCAGAGACUGAGGGGAACUCAACAUCAGCUCAGCAGCUACAUAGGAGAACUCAAUCUUUCUUAAAACAACCCACACUCAUUAAUGGUACACCAAGUCAGAAAAGGUUGACAAAGUCAAAAAGGAGUGAAGGACUUACUGGGGUCUCCAGUGUUCUAAGGGAACAAGCUAAGACAUCUGUACAAGCAUUGUCUUCUGGAGAUAUGAGAACUGCAGGUAUCAACCAGGCUGGUGGUUUCCCUAAAAAGCACCAGUGCAGUGAUCCUUCAUUAUCCAGAGAACCAGAAAAGAUGCCAAGGGGCCCAACAGGGUUUAAAACCAAAAGGAGGCCUUUGAUUAAGAAUAAAUCUAACUAUGCUAGACAAACCUCAUCUUUUUUAAGGGAUGAGCAGUCACACCCAGAAGACAGAAACACUCCUUCAACUUCAAGUGCUAAAGUACAACAUUUCAAGGCAUCAAAACAUCAUAAUUCUGAGGGACUUGAGUUUACAGAUGGCAAUGGAGUAAAGAGAAGAGGACCAGGACGACCAAGGAAAACUCCUAAACCCUCUUCUCCAUCUUCUCCAUCUUCGCUUUCUUGUCCUGAGCUAGCCUCAUCUUUGUCUAUAGAAAAGGCAGGAGAAGACGACAAAGAUAACAGUGACACAGUGUUGGAAAUUAUUGAGCUUGUCAUUCAGGGAGAGCAGAGAAGUGGGAAGAAAAGAAAACAAGAUGAAAGUGUGGGAGAUGGAGAACAGAAUCAGAAUGAAGAAAAAGAUGAGACUGAACAUUCUUCCACUCUUUGCCAUAUGUGCUCAGAGCCUAUUGAUCCAUCACCCAGCCAGGUUGAAGACAGUGAACCAGAGCAGGUCACUGCAUCACUACCCAAUAAAAAGUAUUUAUGGGCAGGGCUUUAUUCAGACGUUUAUAAAACCGAAGACAUUCCUGAUCAACCUCAUCAGCUAAACUUAGAGGGUCUAGAGUACAAUCCAGAGGAGCAUGAAUAUGGCCUCUUUCCUGCACCGCUGCACGUGGGAAAGUACCUAAGAGUGAAACGCAUCAACUUUCAGUUGCCCUAUGACAUCCACUGGCAGUAUGCACGCAACAAGCUAUUUGAAAAACCUGUAACUCUACCACAGGCAUCGCCAUCAAACAGUUCCUGUAAUCCCCCAAACAGCAGCGCACCUCAAUCCUGUUCUGACGAUUGCUUCAACACGAUGCUCAGUGAUGACGAGACUCAGUCCUGUGAUAUGGACAAUCACACACAUGUGUACGAGGAACACCAUCAGUGCCAUCAUCACCUCAAACAACAGGAGGAAACCAGUGACAAUGAGAACUUCCCCACAACCUUAUCUAGUGAGGAGAGGAGUUUUGUAAUGAAACAUGGUGUCUUCCUGGUGAGAAAUUAUGAGAAGAUGAAGGCGAGACAGGCGUUUCUUCUGAGAGAGGGCGCAAGAGAGCAAGAGAAAGAAAAAGAUGAGGACAAAGCAAAUGGUCAACAGAGUGAGGGUAGAAGCCUUGGAGAGGAUCCAACCAUCAAGUCAGGUCUAGGAGUGUGUGUAGUUGUUGGCGACAUGUGCAUGUGCCCGAUUGAUCGGAGUUCGUGUGCAGAAGAAGGGGAGCAUAUAACAUUCCAAAGCAGAAAUCUCUCACACACACUUCAAGAAAUCUGGGACAGGAUUGUUACUUGCAAGGGAUCAUCUGGACAAACCCUUAGUGAUCCUCUGCUGAACCUGUGCUCAAGGAAAAGGUCUGAUUCUGCUCUGGUGGACCUCAGCGUGGUACAAAAGCAGCUCCAGUCAGGAUGCUAUGAGAGCCUGGCGGCCUUCCACUCGGACAUGCUGACUGUGUUCCACUGUGCAGAGAAAUACUACGGCUCUGAAUCUGCAGUCGGGCGUGAUGUGAGUCAGCUGAGGGGCUUAUACCACAGAGCUCACCAGGAAGCUUCAGCUCACAUCAGCAACUUCCUGUAAGGGAUAAGUAGCCACGCCCACACACCUACCUUCCAGGGCAUAUUGUGGUUGUGGUUGUGACCAUGGUAACACACAGGCAUGAUGGGCCUUCCAGAACAGGCAGGCGAUGCCCUUUAAUAUCAAAGACCUGUUGUGUGGUGCGCUUACACAGGCAUUGAGCGUUAAACAGAGCCCUGCUGGAUGGGAUGCUUGCUGAGAAAAAGAUUAAGACUCAGAGAUCCAUAUUUAUUCAAAAAGGGUGGACAUUUCACAGAGGAGAAAAAGACUGCUGAGCUUAAAAAAAGACACUUCUUCAUUCCAUUUUUCUUCCACUUUUAUAUUUUGUCAGUUGCCUUGUUCAGAAUAAAAUCACAAAAAAAGCAUGGGGUGCAUGAAGUUGUGGGAAUGGGAAAUGCUGUUGAACUUUGUUCAACUUUGGCCAAGGACAUAAACAAUCGUACUAAAUCUAUUUUAAAAAAUUGUAUAUAACUGUAAGUUUAUUAUUUAUAAUGUGUUUUUCUUUUACAUUUGUUUAUACAUCAUUUGCCUUGCCAAUGACUGCAUAGUACCAGUGAUAUAAUUUAAUGUGAAAUGUGCCUAGUAAUAAGCAAUAAUUGGAAAGCAAUAAGCUACUUUUUGUUUUUGUUUCAUUGUCUCUAAACUAUUUUUUAAACUCCUUUUAUGCUGCCCUCUUAACUUCAAACACCAGCCUGAGAGGUGAUGUUUAAGCAUUUUUUUUAAUAACAUCCAUCUCAAAUGAGGUUUAAUUCUUUAGUAGGCAGAAAUAAAGAAUGCUUUUGUAGGAGUUAGGACCCCUUUCACCCUAAGAGCCAAAUACAAACAUAGAAGCAUACAGUCCAACAAUAAGCAUACAGUUUCUUAUUCACUCCUAAGAAAACAUUUCCCUUUUUUGUACAGUCUCAACACUACUGCCAAAGCAAAAGAAUUUCUAUUCCCAGCUUUGUUCGUCCAUGCUAGCAUUUAUUGCUGGCUGGUUUCCAGUUUCCAUCAGGGCUUGGCGUAGGCUUUUUUCCAUGCUGUGUCAAAAUCAUUGCUUCUCGAAAUGUGUCUUUACAUUUGAUAUUUGCAGUGAAGCAUUUACUAAAAAGAGACACGUUGCAGACCCAGAGUUCUCACCAGAUGCAAAUUCAUUCAGGUAUUUUACUUCCAUUUUAGCUUUUUCCAUCCCUUCUUGGUUAAAAAAUUAAGUCAAACCUUUCCCAUUAAAAUGAAGCUUUAAAAAAAUGUAGGCAACAUCCAUGUGACAUCCAUAAAAUAUUUGAAAAUGGAAUAGUAGUUGAGUUGUAAAAGAGGAGAGGAGCUUAAAGGGGAGUGAGAGAGAAAUAAUGAACAGCUCUUCAGUUUCCACAAGUAAAUGAAGAUUCUUCUCAAAUGUACAAAUGCUUACAUAGUUUUGAAGGCUUCCAGUCAUUUUUUUUUUUUUGUAUGCUGUCAUUUAGAAGCAUGACUUAGAGUGUACCAGUGAUGUAAAGCUAUCCUCAAAAACUUAAAACAGUAACUAUUAGGGUCCAAUUCUGUGUAAUAAACCAGACCAGAAGCAAGACAUGACAUGAAAUUUGGUUCCUGUACAUGUGGCCCAUUGUGACUCCCAACUCAAAACUGUGUAGAGUAUCUAAACAAACUAGUAACGGAAAAAACAGUGGUAACCGGUUGUUACUUGACGCUAAGAAUCCACAGUUUUGUGGUAAUCUUUUUGCAAAGUUAAGUACACACAGUGAAUGUCAUGCUAAGAUCAAGUUAUUUAUUUGCUAUGUCCCAUCAGUAAAUGGACAUAAAUAUGAACAUUUCGGUUUGUUAUCAGCUACUGUUAGUCAAAAUGCUCACACCUAGAAUGGCAUUGUUAAAUAUAAUUUUCUUCUGUGGUUUGCCAUGUUAUUGUAAAGAAAAUGUCCAGAAUACACUUAACAAAGUUUUUUCCAGGCCACCACACAUACUGUACAGUACAUGGCUCAAGAGUAUUAGGUUCCCUACCCCCUGCCCUGUGGUGUAGUAGCCGCUCAGGAGGAAUUUUUUUUAAACUGUUUAGGCUUGUGUUUGUUCUUAAUAAAUGCCUCAUUUAUUUCA